AUGAAGCUUCUUGAGAAGUUUGGAAUGAAAGAUUGCAAGUCAGUGGCAAUUCCACUUGUGGUGAAUGAGAAACUGUGCAAAGAAGAUGGAAGUGAAGCAGCAAAUGAGAGUGAAUACAGACAGAUAGUAGGGAGCUUGCUUUAUUUGACUGCCACAAGACCAGAUGUAAUGCUUGCAUCUAGCUUACUUGCUAGAUUCAUGCACAAUCCCACAAAGAAACACAUGGGAACUGCCAAAAGAGUUCUGAGAUACAUACAGGGCAUACUUGAUUUUGGCAUUGAGUUUGUGAAAGGGAAACAACUACUCUAA